AUGCCGUUCGUUGAGCAGCCGCUGCAGGGUGCAGGCAUCCGCAUCGCUAUAGAUCGCGGCGGUACCUUCACAGACUGCUUAGGUAUUAUACCAGGGAAACCAGAUGUACUCGUCAAACUUUUGAGUAACGAUCCAACGAACUAUGCCGAUGCACCCACAGAGGGUAUCCGCAGGAUACUCGAGCAGGCCUUGAACGUAUCCUUACCACGCGGCGGCAAGAUUGACACCAGCAACAUCGAAUCGAUCAAGAUGGGAACUACGGUCGCGACAAACGCUUUGCUGGAACGUAACUCCACAAAAUGCGCGUUGGUCGUCACCAAAGGUUUCAGAGAUCUACUACGCAUAGGUGAUCAGACCAGACCGAAGCUGUUUGAUCUCAACAUCCGGAGGCCUGAGACCUUGUUCGACGAUGUACUAGAGAUUGACGAGCGCGUCACACUCCACGAUUCGACCGAGGACAAGUCAACACUACGAGACCCUGACCGCAACUCCUAUAACCUGGAAAGGGGGGUGGGCGGCGAAGCCAUUCGCGUUUUGCGACCAAUUGACAGCACACACGCCCGUGAAGGUCUCCAGGCCCUAUUCGACAAGGGCGUGCGGUCCUUGGCGAUAACGCUUAUCAACAGCUAUACUUUCCCGAACCACGAGCUUCAAGUUGCCGAUAUCGCCAGAGACAUCGGCUUCACGCAGAUAUCAGUCUCAUCACAGAUCUUCCCCAUGAUCAGAGCCAUUUCGAGAGGCUACUCAGCAACAGCAGACGCGUACCUUACGCCUUUGACGCGCAAUUACAUCGACGGCUUUCGUGAAGGCUUCGUAGGCGGCCUGGAAGAUACCAAGGGUGCUCGUUGCGAGUUCAUGCAAAGUGAUGGAGGACUAGUGGGGUGGCAGCACUUCAGUGGUCUCAAAGCUAUCCUGUCAGGUCCGGCUGGAGGUGUUGUCGGAUUCAGCAAGACAUGUUUUGAUGUACAGCGGAGGAAGCCAGUGAUAGGAUUCGACAUGGGCGGAACCAGCACUGAUGUUUCGCGGUAUGCGGGAACACUGGAGCACACCUUUGAGUCGAUCACGGCUGGUGUGACGAUUCAAUCUCCACAGCUAGAGAUCGACACUGUUGCUGCCGGCGGUGGAAGCAUACUUUCCUAUCGCAACGGUCUCUUCCUCGCAGGCCCCGAAUCAGCAAGCGCCCAUCCAGGCCCUGCAGCAUACCGAAAAGGUGGACCUCUGACGGUUACAGAUGCAAAUCUUGUCUUGGGACGUUUGCAGGCUGAGUACUUUCCAAAGAUCUUCGGCAAGCACGAGAAUGAACCUCUGGACUAUGAAGGCGCAAAGCGAGCCUUUGAAGAGUUACUCGUUACGGUCAACGCGGACCUGUCACAGACUAGCGGAAAGACGAAGACUGUCGAAGAGCUUGCUCUCGGCUUUUUGGAAGUUGCGAAUGAGACAAUGUGUCGGCCCAUACGCUCUCUCACUGAAGCCAAGGGGCACCGAACCUCUGAUCACGAUCUUGCGGUUUUCGGUGGUGCAGGCGGACAAGCUGCCUGCGCUAUUGCUGCUAACUUGGGCAUCGACCGCAUUUUGGUUCACCGCUACUCUUCUAUCUUGUCAGCAUAUGGCAUGGCAUUGGCAGACGUCGUUCGCGAUGUUCAAGAGCCCUGCUCAGUAUUGCUGAAGUCCUCUUUCGGUGAACUUGACGAAAGGCUGUCGUCGCUCGAGAAGAAUGCAGCGGAACAACUGGCCAACGACGGGUUCUCCGGCCAAACAAUCGGUUUCGAGCACUUUCUCAACCUCCGCUACGAAGGGUCUGACACAACCUUCAUGGUUUCGCGCCCUGAUCAAGGAACGUGGGACGACGCGUUUGUAGCUGAACACAAGCGCCAAUUCUCUUUCAUCAUGCCCGGACGCGAUAUCCUCGUUGAGAACGUGCGAGUCCGAGCGACAGCCCGGAGCCCAUCGGUCGAACCCGAGUUCAACCUCGAUCAACAGCUCACCGACUGCUCCCCAUCCGCCGUGUCGACAAAGAAGAUCUCAGAUCAUGUUUCUGUCUUCUUCGAAAAUGGCUGGACUACUUCUCCUCUGUAUCACUUGACAAAAUUGGCAAAGGGUGAUACCAUCGAUGGACCUGCCAUCAUUCUGGACAACACACAGACCAUCGUGGUUGCACCGAACUCCAAGGCAACUAUCCUAGAUCGCCAUGUCAUGAUCGAACUCGACCGAACGACUACCCUACCAGGCAAUGAAGCUGCAGCACCUCGGACUGUUGAUCCAGUCGAGCUUUCUGUGAUGGCUCAUCGCUUCAUGAGUAUCGCUGAGCAAAUGGGCCUCGCAUUACAGAAGACGAGUGUUUCGGUCAACAUCAAGGAACGUCUCGACUUCAGCUGCGCGCUCUUCAGUCCUGAAGGUCGUCUUGUAGCCAAUGCACCUCAUGUACCAGUCCACCUCGGCUCGAUGGAGCAGGCAGUUAUGUACCAGCACAACAAGUACCUAGGCCAACUACGACCAGGCGACGUCAUCGUCGCUAACCAUCCCAUAUCCGGCGGUACGCAUCUUCCGGACAUAACAUGCGUGACGCCUGUCUUUGACGAUGCAGGCAAGACCAUCAUCUUCUACACCGCUUCAAGAGGCCAUCACCAAGAGAUCGGUGGAAUACUCCCGGGCUCAAUGCCAGCCGGCAGCGUCGAAUUGCACGAGGAGGGUGCUAUGAUCGUGUCAGAAUACCUCGUUCGCGAUGGAGUCUUCGACGAAGAACUAGUCACGAGGGUACUACUCCACGACCCUGCCCAAUACCCCAGAUGCUUAGGAACACGCAAGCUCGCCGAUAACAUCAACGACCUUAAAGCACAAGUAUCCGCGAACGCGAAAGGCGCAGCGCUCGUGGCUGACCUUAUCGCUGAGCGAGGUCUCUUAACCGUACAUCUGAACAUGCAUGCAAUCACCGCCAACGCUGAGUCUUGUCCUCUUGUCGCACUUGACUUCAUGGACGACGGCACCCCUAUUAAGCUUGCCAUAACUAUCAACCCAGACAACGGGGCUGCGCACUUCGAUUUCACCGGUACAGGCGAGGAAGGGUACCACAGUUUCAACGCCCCACAAGCCAUCGCCAGGUCGGCCACACUCUACGUCCUCCGCUGCCUCAUCAACCAAGACAUCCCGCUCAACGAAGGCUGCCUCCGCCCCCUCACCUUCACAAUCCCAGAAGGAAGUAUCUUAAACCCUUCACCAUAUGCCGCAGUAUGUGCAGGAAACCCCAUCACAUCCCAACGCGUCACCGACGUUGUUAUCCGCGCAUUCGAAGCCUGUGCCGCAAGCCAAGGUGACUGCAACGUCUUCUCCUUCGGUAUAAACGGCGACUGCGACGACAGCGGCACACCCAUCCCCAACUCUGGUUUCGGCUUCGGAGAAACGAUAUGUGGAGGCAGCGGCGCAGGACCCGGUUGGCACGGUACUUCAGGCGUACACAUCCACAUGACGAAUACGCGUAUCACGGAUCUAGAGCUACUGGAGAAGCGUUACCCUGUGCUUCUUCGCGAGUUCAGCAUACGUGAUGGGUCGGGUGGACAGGGGCGGUGGAAUGGUGGGAACGGGAUUCGGCGCGUCUAUGAGUUUUACCGCGAUAUGAAUGCUUCGAUUGUUAGUGAGAGGCGGGUUACUAGGCCGUAUGGUAUGCUUGGGGGUGGGGAUGGGAGUAGUGGGGUAAAUUACAUUGUCAAGAAGGUUGGAGGGCGGUGGUGUAGAUUGGGUGGACGAAAGGACUUUUCUGUGCAGAAAGGGGAUUGCUUUGUUAUUGAUACACCUGGUGGAGGUGGAUGGGGAAUGAGGGAUGAGGAGACGGAUCAAGUGCAGACUGCACAAAAGUCGGCGGUGGAACGGAGGUUUGUUAGCCAGUUUCAGUUGGCGCAGGAAGCCAGCAACUAG